AUGAAGGAUGGGUCAUCACCAAAAGAACGAGAUCCAAGGGUGUGGUGUGAGACCAACCUGCGUCGCUGCAUCAGUAAAUUUCACCGCUUCGUCUGCGACUCCUGCGACCGAGCCUUCCCUCUGAGAUCUGCACUGGAGCUGCACAAGACCACCUCCCACCCCGAGGAACCAGAGGAACUUGAGGAUCUAGAACCAGAUGAACCAGAUGAACUAGAGGAACCAGAGGAACCAGAGGAGAACCCCAACAGUGAGGAACCAGAGGAGGAGGAUGGAUCUCCUGAAGGACAGCAGAGCGACUUCCUGCAGGCGCUCGGGCUGCAACACGUCUCCACGGUGAUCCACGGCCCGUCAGCUGACGAGGUGCAUCAGGCUCACCUGGACAGCAUCAAGGUGAUCCAGGUGGCCCCGCCCCACUUCCUCUCUGGGGGGCUGUCCCUCCCCCUGAUGGAUGCCAUGAGCCUCCUACAGCCCUUCCUCCCCCCCCCCGCCUUCCUAAUGCCGGACGGGGGGGCAGCGGCCGCCUCGUCUGGGGUCAAACCUGGAGAGGAGCUCGCCGACAUCCAGCAGAUCCUCAGGGGGGCGAGUCUCGGUCUGCCCGGCAACAAGGCUGCAGCGCUGCCUGGGGGCCACGGCUCGCUGCAGAAGUCGAU